AUGGGAAACCCAGAAAGCGUUGGAGAUGUAUAUGUUGCUGUGAUUCGUCCUAAAAAUACUGCUAGCCUGAAUUCUCGGGAAUAUCGAGCUAAAUCCUAUGAAAUUUUGUUGCUUGAAGUUCCCAUUGAAGGCCAAAAGAAAAAAAGAAAGAAAGUUUUGCUGGAAACUAAACUGCAGGGAGGCACUGAGAUAACCCAGAGCAUCUUGGAUUAUGUAUUAGAAGCCACCAAACCAAUUUCACCAGCCAAUCAGGGUAUUAAAGGAAAGCGGGUAGUGUUAAUGAAGAAGUUUCCUCUUGAUGGAGAGAAGGCAGGCCAGGAGGCAUCACUUUACAUUGUUCCAACUGUUGUGAAAGAUAAUACAAAAUAUGCAUACAGCCCUGGAUGCCCUGUGUUCUACUGUUUACAAGACAUCAUGAGAGUCUGCAGCGAAUCCAGCACCCAUUUUGCUACGCUUACUGCAAAAAUGUUAAUUGCCUUGGAUAAGUGGUUGGAUGAACGGCACACCCAGUCUCACUCCAUCCCAGCUUUAUUCAGACCAUCUCCUCUUGAAAGAAUCAAAACAAAUGUAAUAAACCCUGCCUAUGCUAUAGAACCUGGUCAAACAGAGAGCUCAUUGCACAUGGGUUAUACUGCCCUGGAAAUAAAGAGUAAAAUGCUGGCGUUGGAGAAAGCAGAUAUGUGUAUCUAUAAUCCUUUGUUUGGAUCUGACCUUCAGUAUACUAAUAGGGUUGACAAAGUGGUAAUAAAUCCAUACUUUGGCCUUGGAGCCCCAGACUAUUCAAAGAUUCAGAUUCCUAAAAGAGAAAAGUGGCAACGUAGCAUGAGCAGUGUCACAGAGGACAAGGAACACCAGUGGGUAGAUGAUUUCCCUCUUCACCGCAGUGCUUGUGAAGGUGACUCUGAUCUACUAAGCCACCUUCUGGAUAAAAAAUUUUCUGUUAAUCAGUUAGAUAGUGACCACUGGGCACCUAUCCAUUAUGCAUGCUGGUAUGGAAAAGUUGAAGCCACUCGAAUGCUGUUGGAGAAGGGGAAGUGCAAUCCAAAUCUUUUGAACGGCCAACUCAGUUCUCCUCUUCAUUUUGCUGCUGGAGGUGGGCAUGCUGAAAUAGUACAAAUUCUACUAAAUCAUCCAGAAAUUGACAGACACAUUACUGAUCAACAAGGAAGAUCUCCACUGAAUGUCUGUGAAGAGAACAAACAAAAUGAAUGGGAAGAAGCUGCAAAACUGCUGAAGGAAGCCAUAAAUAAACCUUAUGAAAAGGCACGUAUUUAUCGUAUGGAUGGGUCAUAUCGCUCUGUUGAGUUGAAACAUGGAAACAAUACUACUGUACAGCAGAUAAUGGAGGGGAUGCGUUUGUCUCAAGAAACUCAGCAGUACUUCACUAUCUGGAUUUGUUCUGAGAACCUCAGCCUUCAACUGAAGCCAUAUCACAAGCCUUUGCAACAUAUUCGAGACUGGCCUGAAAUAUUCACCGAACUGACAAACUUGGAUCCUCAAAGGGAAACUUCACAGCUUUUCCUGAGACGAGAUGUGAGACUUCCACUGGAAAUAGAAAAAAAGAUUGAGGAUCCAUUGGCUAUUCUUAUCCUUUUUGAUGAAGCCAGAUAUAAUUUACUGAAAGGUUUCUAUACAUCACCUGAUGCCAAGCUGAUCACGCUGGCCAGUCUGCUUCUACAAAUAGUCUAUGGAAAUUAUGAAAGCAAGAAACAUAAACAGGGCUUUCUAAAUGAAGAAAAUCUAAAAUCUAUAGUACCAAUCACUAAACUAAAAAGUAAAGCUCCUCACUGGACAAACAGGAUACUUCAUGAAUACAAGAAUCUCAGCACCAGCGAAGGUGUAAGUAAAGAGAUGCACCACCUUCAGCGCAUGUUCUUGCAGAAUUGCUGGGAAAUUCCUACUUACGGAGCAGCUUUUUUCACGGGACAGAUAUUCACCAAAGCAAGCUCAAGUAGCCAUAAAGUCAUUAAAGUGUAUGUAGGAGUAAAUGUAAAAGGGCUGCACCUCCUCAACAUGGAAACAAAGGCUUUACUCCUCAGCCUCAAGUAUGGUUGCUUUAUGUGGCAGUUGGGAGAUGGAGAUACAUGUUUUCAAAUCCACAGUCUGGAAAACAAAAUGAGCUUUAUUGUGCAUACCAAGCAGGCAGGUCUCGUUGUGAAACUUUUGAUGAAAUUAAAUGGCCAGUUAAUGCCAAGUGAAAGAAAUGAAUGA